AUGAAGCGGCAAGCUUUCAGGGCCGCUUGUAUAAGACUGAAAACAUAUUUGGCUGAAAAAAGAUUAGCCAAAGAAAAACUGUUAUAUGAAGAAGUAUCGGCCAGCAUGGCCGAUAUAGUUCAAGAAGGUUUCGAAAAAUUGGAUGCAAUCCAAAUUGAAGAUAUAGAGUCAGCCCCUUCUAGGAUAGAAGAUAAUAAAGCAGAAGUGCAGGAUCCCUUAUUAGAAAUUAAUGUUGGUACUGAAAAAGAUCAUCGGCCAUUAUUUGUUAGUGUUUUGCUUGAGCCUAAUUUUCAGGCCGAUUUGAUCAAGUUACUAAAGGAAUAUAAGGAUUGCUUUGCUUGGAGUUAUGAAGAGAUACCUGGCCUAUCAAGGGAGUUGGUAGAACACAGAUUACCUAUCAAGAAAGAUUUUCAGCCUUAUAAACAACCACCAAUGAGGAUGUCCUUGGAAGUGAUGCUCAAAAUUAAGGAAGAAAUUGAAAGACUUCUUAAGGCAGGAUUUAUUCGAACAGUUAGGUAUGUGGAAUGGUUGUCUAAUGUUGUUCCAGUAAUAAAGAAAAAUGGCAAACUUAGGAUUUGUGUGGAUUUUCGUAAUUUAAAUAUUGCCACUCCAAAAGAUGAAUAUCUAAUGCCAAUGGCUGAUCAACUUAUUGAUUCGGCUGUUAAGCAUGAAAUAUUGUCUUUUAUGGACGGCCAUUCAGGUUAUAAUCAAAUCUAUAUAGCCGAGGAGGAUAUUCACAAAACGGCUUUUAGAUGUCCUAGGGCAAUUAACACUUUUGAGUGGGUUGUGAUGCCAUUCGGCUUGAAAAAUGCAGGUGCUACUUAUCAAAGGGCAAUAAAUUCAAUCUUCCAUGAUAUGAUUGGCCGAUUUAUGGAAGUUUACAUAGAUGAUGUAGUUGUGAAGUCAUCGGCCAAAAAACAGUAUUUGGAACAUCUAAAAAAGGCUUUUGAAAGAAUGAGAGUCCAUAAGUUGAAAAUGAACCCAUUAAAGUGUGCUUUUGGGGUAUCAGCAGGGAAUUUCUUGGGAUUUUUGGUACACAAACGAGGCAUAGAAGUUGACCAGAAUAAGGCCAAAGCUAUUAUGAAUGCUAUGGCUCCGACCAACAAAAAACUGGUGCAAAGGUUUCUCGGCCAGGCCGAAUAUGAAGCACUUAUAAUCGGCCUGGAAAAUCUAAUUGAAAUGGCUGUUGGGGAUGUUAAGAUUUUGGGAGAUUUAAACUUGGAUCAGUUGAUAAAAAUCACACGAAGAUCAUUACAUUCGGCUGAAUUAAGAAAUACUAUGUUGGCCAAUUCCUGGGUAAUUGAUAUUGAAGAUCUGGCCGAUGAUGAUUGGAGGAUACCAUUCAUAAUAUUUCUCCGAAAUCCAAACAUCAAGGCUGAUAGAAGUAUCAAGAGAAGGGCAAUCAACUUUUUACUUCUUGAUGGGGAUCUAUAUAGAAAAGGCCUUGAAGAUAGACUUUUACUACAAUGCAUAAGUAAAGAAGAGUCACUUCAGGUUAUGGUCGAGGUGCAUAAAGGCAGUUGUGGAGCCCACCAAGCUGGGACAAAGAUGAGAUGGCUGAUUCGAAGAGGUUGGGGCCUAGACCUUAUAGGUAAAGUCAAUCCACCAUCAAGUGAAGACUCUCACUGGGUGAUUGUUGCCACGGAUUAUUUUACUAAAUGGGUUGAGGCUAAAGUUUGCAAAUCGGUUGAUCAACAAACAGUGAUUAACUUCAUAGAACAACAUAUUGUCCAUAGAUUUGGAAUUCCAGAAACAUUUGUUUCAGACAAUGCAACAGUGUUCAGGGCAGUUGAUGUGCUACAAUGCGGCCAUAAUAUGAGCAUUCAUAUGUCAGCCUCUACACCAUACUAUGCCCAAGCAAAUGGUCAGGCCGAGUCCUCAAACAAGAUUUUGAUAGAGAUCAUUGAAAAAAUGAUCAAAGAUAAACCAAGAAGAUGGCAUGAGACUUUAUCUGAGGCUCUAUGGGCUUAUAAAAAUUCAAAGAAAACAGGCACAGUAGUUACACCAUAUAUGUUGACUUAUGGCCAUCAUGAUGUUCUGCCUAUGGAAAUGAAUGUUAAAUCGGCCAAGGUCGCAUUCCAAAAUAAUUUAACUCCGGCUGAUUAUACUCAAGCAAUGUUGACAGAGUUGGAAUACUUAGAUGAAGUUAGGCUGGAUGCCUUAGAUCAUAUCAUAGCUCACAAAAGAAAGGUAAUUCUUCACGAAGAUUUGCAUGCUCGUGAGCAAGGUCUUGAGCUUCAAACUGCAAUGCGGCAGCCUCGGUAG